GAGCGCCCGGGCGCUUUAAGGACGGGGCGGGGGCGGCGGCCCCAGGAGCGGUUGCCGCGGGGACGGGGCGGAGACGAGGCCCGAGGGCGGAAGUGGGAAAGUUGCGGGCGUCCCGAGGCGAGGUGGCGGAGCUGUGCGCGCGGCGCGGCGAUGGGGGGCUCGGGCAGUCGCCUGUCCAAGGAGCUGCUGGCCGAGUACCAGGACUUGACGUUCCUGACCAAGCAGGAGAUCCUCCUAGCCCACAAGCGGUUUUGCGAGCUGCUUCCCCAGGAGCAUCGGAGUGUGGAGGAGUCACUGCGGGCCCAAGUGUCCUUCGAGCAGAUCCUCAGCCUUCCAGAGCUCAAGGCCAACCCCUUCAAGGAGCGAAUCUGCAAGGUCUUCUCCACGUCCCCAACUAGAGACAGCCUGAGCUUUGAGGACUUCCUGGACCUCCUCAGUGUGUUCAGUGACACAGCAACCCCUGACAUCAAGUCCCACUAUGCCUUCCGCAUCUUCGACUUUGAUGAUGAUGGAACCUUGAACAGAGAAGACCUGAGCCGGCUGGUGAACUGCCUCACUGGGGAGGGCGAGGACACUCGGCUCAGCGUGUCAGAGAUGAAGCAGCUCAUCGACAACAUCCUGGAAGAGUCUGACAUUGAUAGGGACGGGACCAUCAAUCUCUCUGAGUUCCAGCACGUCAUCUCCCGUUCACCGGACUUUGCCAGCUCCUUUAAGAUUGUCCUGUGACAGCAGUCCCAGUGUGUGUCCCAGCCCCCUGUUCAAGAACCUUUCCGCUGCUGAGCUGUGGCCAAGGUCAUGCCUGUAUCGCCAGGGCCGGUCAAGCUGGCCCAGCCUGGAGCUGGCACUGUGCAGACUCGCCCCAGGCAGGGGCAGGCCCUCCUUGUCAGGGCCUCUCCCCUUCUGACUGUCAGCCAUUGGCAUCGCUGUUUAUGUUUUUACUAAUCAAUAAUAAAGAUUUAGAAGUUUUGA